UAAGCUGCGGGGAGAUGUCAUAUCUGACGGAAACUUUGAAUAUUUACAUAUUUUGAUCCUCCUUGAAGACGAUUGAGAUCUGGGGAUUGAUUUAUUAUCGGAUCACAUACACCCUCAACAAUAUCCGCAAACCUUAUCUUGAGCCUCGGCGACAUGGCUGAUACUCCUACGCUCCCCCUUCCUCUGGAUCCGCGAGAACAACCUAUUCUUGAUAGCUUGUUACGGAUACGAGAUGAGUUGACGCUUUUGAAGCAAGACAGGUCGACCUAUGUCAAGUCUUCAGAUGUUAUGGCUCUCUAUGACAGGACCGUUGACCAGGUCAGAGAUUUGAACGAGAUCAGAACCGAUAAGCCGCAGGAAGAUAAUCGAGUUGAUCGCGUGUUGGAUGGAUGUUUUCAACUUCUGUCUCUGUUUUUCAUGACCAUUGGCCGGAAUAAUGAAGCUCCUGCUGCGUAUGCGUUGACUUCCACUAUCAAGCGCUUACUGGACCACUUCACCGAGGUGGAUUUGUACUCUGAAAAGGAUCUUACACAUGUCUCGCAUACCCUCAACCGACUCCGAGAUAUCGUUAAGAAUGCCGAAGCAAGCUAUUCACCAAAGCUCAUCACCCUCCUCAGAAACCGGAUUGAGUUAUGCCAAGCAUCACUUACAAAUCUCCAAAAUCGGCUCGAUCGGCUAGGUGAAGGACUGCCCGCGAUACAUGAGAAGCUAAUCUCAAUCUUGCGAUCCAUAUCACUAGCCAAUACUAGAGCAAAAUUUUCCUCGAGCGAAGUAAUAAAGCUUCAGGCCCAAGCAAAGGAAAUCGAUUCACAUCGAGUGGACGGCAAAUUCGUGACUGCGAGUGGAGAAGUACCGGCUAGCAAUGAGGAAGUUGGAGAACUGCUAUUCAAAUGCCUGCGCUGGUCAGAAAUUGUUCUCGAGCGGAAGGGAAAAAUACCCGACGCCUUCAAUGAACCAUAUCAAAUCCUCGUUGAUAUUCGAAACAGACUUGAGAAACUCUCAUUGACUCAAGCAUGGUCGCUUCGAGAAACAGACUUAUACGAUUACCAGAGGCAAUUGGACAAGUUUGAUGAAAGCCGCGUUGAUGGCAACUUUGUGGACGCCGAAGAAAACUUUGCGGAACUAUAUGUUCAACGAACGUUGUUGUAUCUGAUCAGACGGAGCUAUGCAUACAUCUACUACUUAAUGGUGUCAUCGGAACCUGUUUCUGAAGCCCUGCUACCUGUUUACAACCAACUUCAGACUUUGAGACGCUGUCUGAUUGAGGUCAAGAACUCCGGAGGUGUCAGCUCACCAAGAGAGCUUUAUCCUUACAGCAUGAAACUCAACUCAAUCGACAACAUGAGAGUAGAUGGGAAGUUCAUGCUUGGAGAGGAUAUCCCAGAAGGACAAGGUAGCGUGAACGACCUACUUGCAGAAUGCUUCGAGCUCAGCUACGAACUGCGAGUGGCAGCCGAAACAGAGAACGAGGAAUGAGAAAUGGAAUUAGAGGCUUUGCUAUAGGGGCUCGCUGUCUGAAUACCAGCGGAGGCGUUGGGGCAUUUUGCUCUUCUUGUUUGCUACUUUAUUGGCAUACCUGUACGAUAUUGACAACGAAGGAUGAAGAUCUGCCAUGAAUGGGACGAUCAGGUCUCUUCUAACAUCGAAAGGAUUUCGGAAGGCAACUUCAAACUGUAGCUGAUCUCAUCAGAUAAUGAAUCAAACAUUGCAAUAGUCUCGUGCACUCAUGUUCGAAGUAUCAGGAAGUUGCUGAAAUCUGCUGAUCCCAC